GAAAUAUAAUUAUUUACGAAAUUCAAUACAUUUUAACAUAAAACCACAGAUAUGUUUACAACUGUAAUUUAAAGGACAUUUUCAACGAAUAAGCUUAUUUUAUUUUCAUCUACAUACAAAUUAUUUUUUAAAAUUAACCUCGUCGAUUUGGUAAAUUCUUGUAAAUAUUUUCCUAAACCAGUUGAUGUGAGCAGUAUAAGAUGGAUGUAGAAGACAUUUUCUCUGAUUUGUCGUCCAAAGUUCCAUGUCUGCAAUGUAUUUUUCGCCCGGAAUAUGCACCGUAUUUGAAUACUGCUGGAACUAUUCUCUUAGGAUGGAUGGUAGUUUGCUAUUUAUUAAAUCUUUUGUGGACAUUUCUGAUGCCAUUAGUGGUCAGCAUUCUUGGAGUAAUCAUUAUUUGUCCGGCCACUGGUAAAUGGAUUCUUGGACAAAUGGGUCCUGGUGCAGAAAAUAUAUUUGAAGAAAUUCUACAAAAAAUUCAAUCAUUUUUACCUUAGAUAUUAA